AUGGAACUCCGAAGUCGGGAGCGAUGCAGCAACAACCGCGACAGGAGCAGCAGCAGCAGCAGCAGCAGCAGUAGCAACAGCAGCAGUAGUAGUAGCAGCAGCAGCAGCAGCAGUACUAAUGGAAGAGAGAAUGUGGAUAAAUCAGAGUUGCUUAUAAGCAGCAAGUACAGUAACCUCCCCUCAGCGAACUGCAGCAGCAGCAACAGCAACCACAGCAACAACACCCGUAGCCGCAGCAGCAGCAGAAGCAGCCCAAGGAGACCAAACGGCAGCACAUAUGAGAGCAGCAGCAGCAUAGGCAGCAGCAGCGGCAGCAGUUACCGUCGUCGUCGUGCUCGUCGUAGAUUAUCCCCAAGAUCCCAAGCAGCAGCAGCAGCAGCAGAAGCAGCAGAGAAAAAAGAAUUAGCUGAUGCUGUAUAUAGAGCUUUUCUUGCUGGUCCCUCUAUAUAUACAGAAGAAGGAAGAGCAAUAGAAAGAGAAACAAGAGAUCGUGAUUACCUUCUGCAUGCAAGACUAGAGGCAACGCAGCAAGCAGCAGCAACAGCAGCAAAUAGGAGAGAAUAUGUUAUACAAAGAUUAUUAAUGCAGCAGCAGCAGCAGCAACAACAGCAGCGAAGUCGUCAUGCAUCGGCUAUUCUGCAGCUUGCUGCUGGCCUUCUCCACAAGCAGCAGCAAGAGCAGCAAGAGCAGCAGGAGCAGCAGGAAUUGCAGCAACCGCCUGUGGUGACGGCUACUGGAGCAGCAGCAGCUACUCCAGUAGCCGCUGCAACUGCUGCAGCUGCUGCAGCAGCGGCAGCAGCAAGCACCAGCUUCAGCUGGCUGGUGGAGGGCUCAGCAAAAGAGUUUCGAGCGUCUGUCAUUUGGGGAAGACAGCCAACUCUGCUGCUGUCUUUUCAGUUCUUAAAUAUUGUGCUGCAGCGCCACAGCAGCAGCAGCAACAGCAACAGCAGCAACAGCAGCAGCAACAGCAGCAACGGUGGUGAUAACGAUACAACUCGCGAAACUACAGCAGAUAGAAGCAGUAACAGCCAGGCCUCUGUUGCUGCAGACUCAUGCAGCAGCAGCAGCAGCAGCAAUGCCACUGCAGCAACAGCAGCAGCAGCAGGCCUAGCAGCAGCAGCAGCUGCUACCAGUACGCAAGCUGCAGGAGGGCACGUCUCUCCUGAUGCAGCAGCAACAGCAGGUGCUGCUGGCACUGCUGGUGGCACAAGCGCAGACAGCGACGCAGCAGCAGCGGCUGCUGCUGCGACAGCUAGCUUACGACGCACCAGCAGCAGCAGCAGCAGCGGCACGGUUGCUGAGGGCUGGCAAUGGGGUUCCUCGCUGCUGCUGCCGCUGCUGCUAGCCAUAGAGCUGCAGCUAACUAAUGCGAAUAUAAAGCUGCUGCAGGGGCCGCAUGCAGUAUCUGUUGCUUUGUCCUCUCUUACAGUUCGUCUGCCGCAGCAGCAGCAACAGCAGCAGCAGCAGCAAGGAUUGCUGCACGGAGAUAGCGAUAGCAGCACACACCACUCACGACACUUUUCUGAGCUGCUGCAGCAGCUGCAGCAGCAGCAGCACUCGCUGCAGCGGGAAUGUCUCUUGAAGGAUCUCACUAUCUGCAUUGAUACAGAGCAGCAGCAGCAGCAGCAGCAGCAGCGGAUGUGGAGGAUCCGACGCAGCAGCAGCCAGCUGUCUGCCGGCCUCCCACCUUCAGCACUUUUGGCGGAGGCUUCCCUAGCACCAGAAGCAACUGCUGCUGCUGCUGCCGCCGCAGCAGCAGCAGCAGCAGCUGCUGCUGCAAAUAAUCCACGCGAUGCAAAAGCCGCGGCAGAUGCUGCAGUAGCUGCAGUAGGAGAAACAGAAGCCAAGGCAGCAGCAGCAGCAGCAGCAACGACGCAAGCUUCAGCAGCAGCUUAUAAUAGCGUUGAAGAACGCAAAACCCUAGACAGCGUAGCAGCAGCAGCAGCAGCAGCGGCGGCGGCAGCAGCAGCAGCAGUUGCUGCUGCAGGUACUGCAAUAGGAGGUCAAAGCGGACAGCAGCAGCGGCAGCACAAUUACGAGCAGCCGUUGCUGCGGCGGUGGGCCUGCAGCAUUCGUUUCUCCUUCCCUCUGCAGCAGCAGCAGCAGAAGCAGCAGCAGCAGCAGCAAGCAGCAGCAACACCAGACAGGUUUUGUCUUGAUGCGUUGCUGCAGCCGCUGCACCUGCGGAUCAGCAGCAAACAGCUGCAUGCGCUGCGGUCUGUUCUCUUCGACAAGCCUCCUCCUCUCCCGCCUCCGCAGCAGCAGCAGCAGCGGCAAGAGGGACAGCAGCAGCAGGAGGAAAUUCAGCCGCUAGACGAAAAAGAAAAGCAGAAGCAGCAGCAGCAGUUAGGAGCAGCUUCCGACGCUUCGCCCUGUAGUAUGUGUGUAGAGGGCGGCAGCGACGAGCAGCAGCAGCAGCAGCAGGAAGAGCAGCAGCAAGAAGAGCAGCAGCGGCAGCGGCAGCAGGAAGACACUGAUGCAGCGGGGAGUUGUCCUUCGUCGCCUUCGCAGCAGCAUGGAGAGCAGCAGACCGAUCAGCAGCAGCAGCAGCAAGGCAACCAAGAACAGCAACAACAUCUGCAGCAGCAGCAGCAGCAGCAGCUGUCUCGAUUAUCCCUACAAAGCCCUGCUUGGCGGCGCUUGCCACAAGUUGCUGCUUGUGUCCCACAGAGCACGAGUCAGAGCAGCAGCAACAGCAAGAGCAGCAGCAGCAGCAGCAGCAGCAGCAGCAGAGCUGAGCGUUGGCUGAAGUGGGCAGUUGACGCCUUCUUGGGGGAUUCGUCAGAGGAAGAAACAGAAGUGGAGAAGCAGCAGCAACAGCAGCAGCAACAACAACAGCAGCAAGAGCAGGAGGCCAAGGGGCUCUCUGAGGCUGCAGGCUGGCCCACAACUGCAGAAGAAGCAGCAGCAGCAGCAGCAGCACCACCACCACCACCACCACCACCAAACGCUGGACCACACACCACUGCUGCGGAAAAUGAACAGCAGCAACAGCAGCAGGAGCAGCAAGCUCUGUCCUUCAAGAGAGAGUGCAGCAGCAACAGCAACAACAGCAAAGUGCGUGGCGUAUCCAGGGGCUCUGUGAGCAGCAGCUGCAGCAACGGCGAGAGCAGCAGCAGACGGGACAGCAUCAGCAGCAGGUGCAGCAACGGCGGCAGCAGAAGCAGCAGGAGCAGUACGAGUGGCAGCAUGAGUAGCCGGCAUAUCUCUAUUGAGGAUGACUUAGAGGAGGAGGCGCUGCUGCAGGAUUUGCUGCAACAGCAGCAGCAGCAACAGAAGCCGCUGCUGCGAGGGGCCCUUGCUAAUGCCUUAGUGUCUGUUAAUCUGUCUUCUGUCUCCCUAACUCUUAUUGCCCCACAGCCAGCAGCAGCAGCGCUGCAGCAACGGCGAGAGCAGCAGCUAGCAUCAAGCAGCAGCAGCAGCAGCAGCAGGGCAUUCUUUGCAUGCGGCCUUGAAGGAGGUCGUUUGCUGCUCUCUCUUCCUCCUGCUGCUGUUGGCGUCCCUGAGGUGUAUGUACAUUUCCUGCAGGCAUGGGCAAGAGACGCAACAGCAGCAGGACUCUACUUGCAGCAGCAGCAGCAACAGCAGCAGCAAACAGAACAACAACAGCAGCAGCAAGCGCUGCUGUCGUCAGAGCAGCAGCUGCUGCAGCAGGAAGGGUUCGUCUGCCUUCGAGCUGGCAGCGCUGCUGCUGCUGCAGCAACAACAGCAGCAGCUGGUGCACCAUCCCCAGCACCUGCACGCGUAGAGGCAAACUCUACGACAGACACCAGUACCAACAGCAGCAGCAGCAACAGCAGCAGCAGCAACAGCAGCAGCAGCAACAGCAGCAGUAGCAGCUUUGGCAGCAGCAGCAGCAGCAAUCCAAGCGUCGACUUAGGAAGUACACCGGCAAGAGGAGCUGCGCUGCAGUGCGGUCUCUUGUUCCUUCCCUCUCCUGCUGCAGCAGAAGCAGCAGCAGCAGCUGCUGCUGCUUCGCCACCAGACACAGGCAGUGCUGCUGCGGGGGGUAUCAACACGUCCGGCUCAGCAGCAACAGCAGCAGCAGUAGCAGCAGCAGCAGGAGCAGCAGGAUGCAGAGCCAGUGUGCUUGUGGGGCCCCUGAGUGUACACCUCACUGCUACGCUGCUGCAUGAGCUGCGGCUCUUCUUUUGGCUGCCAAAGCAGCAGCAACAGCAACAGCAGCAGCAGCAGCAGCAGCAGCAGAGACUGUCAGAUGAGUUAGCGGACGAACAACAGAGGCAGCAACAACAGCAGCAACAGCAGCAGCACCCGCUGGCGGAACUGCCUCUACGCACUUCAGGUAGCUGCUGCAGCAGCCACUACAGCAGCAACAGCAGCAGUAGCUCCAGCUCCUUGUGGCGCAGUAAUAGUAGCAGCAGUAGCAGCAGCAGCAGCAGUAGCAGUAGCAGCAGCAGCAAGGCUAGUAGCAGAAGGUAUCCUCACUUCUACUCCAUAGAAGCACACGACCAAACUCUGAAGCAGCAGCAGCAGCAGCAGCAACAGCUGCAGCAGCAGCACCAAGCCAAGGGACGCAAGAACAAGAAGGAUGCAGCAGCAGCAGCGGGUUCUGCUGCUGCUGCUGCUGCUGCUGUUGCUGGUGGAAAUAUUCAUUUUGUGGUAUCUGUGCCCGAGGUCGAUGUGCGGUUGCUGCUGAGGCUUCCUGCUGCUGACAGCAGCAGCAGCAGCAGCAAGACGAGCAACAGCAACUCCAGCAACCAGCUGCAGCAACAAAGGUGGCACGGCGGAUUUACAGCAGCAGCAGCAGCAGCAGCAGCAGCAGCAGCUCGUGGGCGAAUCCAUUGGCUGCACUUCGCUUUACGAUCUGUCAAGAUAAGCCGAACCGCGUUACCAGAGUAUGUAGAGAGGGAGUUGCUGCCGUUGCUGCUGGCGCAUUGCCUAUGCUUUAUUCCUGUGCUGCAUGUAGCAUAUGCUGCUAACAGCGCAGCACCUGCUGCUACUGCUGCAGCAGCAGCUGCUGCAGCUGCUGCUGCAGCUGCAGCUGCUGGUCGUUCUGCUGUGGCUUCUGCGGCUGCCCCGACGCCUCCUGGUGGGGCACUGGCGAGGACAGGGCAACAGCAGCAGCAGCUGCAGCAACUGCAGCAGCAACAGAUGCAACAGAAGCAGCAGCGGCAGGAGCAACGACAAAGCAACAGCAGCGCAUCAUUGACCAUUGGAUUGCUGCAGCUAAGAGUGCAGCAGCAGCAGCAGCAUGCAGCAAUGGAUACAGAUGCUGCUGCUGCCGCUGCAGAUGAUGAUCCGCAGCAGCUACUGCUGCUAAAGGGAUUGGAAGCUGAGAUAAGACAGGAGGACGCCGAUUGCAGCUCUGCUGCUGCUGCUGCUGUUGGGGCUGCUGCUGCUGUUGCUGCUGUACAGAGAGACCCAACGACAGCCAUUCAAUGCUCACCAACACAGCAGCAGCAGCAGCUUUCUUUGGCUGGACCACAGGCAUACAGCAGCAGCAGUAGCAGCAGUAGCAGCAACAGCAGCACUGCUCCUCAGAUUUGCCUGUAUACUUCAGCUAUGAGGGCUGCAGGGGAGGUGCAGUUGCUGCGCAUCGGAGCAGCAGCAUCAGACUUUGCUGCUGCUGCUGCUGCUGCACGCAGCCUAGCAGCUCAUGCACUCGGGGUGUACGUGGAGCUGCAUUUGCUGCGCCACAUGGAGACUCCUCUUUACGUCAGGAGGCAGCACCAAAUAACGGAGCUGCAGCAGCAGGGGGAUUGGCUGCAACAAGAGGAUCAGCAGCAGCAGCAGCAGCAGCAGGAUGUACUGCAGCAAGGCUCGAGGCAGCGAAGCGAAACCAGCCCUGCUGCUGCUGCUGCAGCAACAAUCAGUAGCUAUGAAACGGGAACAGCAACAGCAGAGCCAACAGCAGAAGCAGCAGCAGGCUUGGAAGCAGCCGAAGCAGCAGCAGCGACGACAGAAGCAGCAGCAAAUACAGCAACAGCAGCAGUAGCAACACCUGUGUGUGCUGCAUGCUUCCGUUGCGGCUGUCUAGGCUGCUAUGGGAUCCCAAUGGAGAUUGCUGCUGCUGCUGCUGCGGGGAAGGUUGUUGCUCUAUAUGCAGCGGGAGCGGAUUCGGAGGAGGCAGCAGCAGCAGCAGCAGCAGCUGAAUCAGCUGGUGCUAUAGAGACGCCGCACCGUCUGCUGCUGGAACUUAGUGGGGCUAGCUGCAGCGUCCGCUGCGCCUUGUAUGGCGACAGCAGCAGCAGCAGCAGCAGCCACAGCAGCAGCACCUACAGCAGCAGCACCACCAGGUAUAGCCUCAGCAGCAGGAGCAGCAGCAGCAGCAGCAGCAGGAUCCGAGAUGCCUUUGCUCCUCCGAUUAGGCCACACCUGAGCAGAAGCAGCAGCAGCAGCAGCAACUCGUCUCUUCUCUUCCUUGAGGUGUAUGUAUCCAUCAGCAACGGGAGAGGUUUGCUGCUGCUGCCUGCUGCUCCCUCUAUAGGGAUUCCUCUAUUUGUUGCAGCAAAUCAGCCGCAGCAGCAGCUGUUGCUGCCGGUGGCAUGCCGUCCACCGCCGACAGCACCACCAGCUGCCGUUGCUGCAGCAACAGCGGCAGCUGCUGCUGUUGCUGCAGCAGCAGCUGCUGCUGAAAGUGCCACGGGAAAGAGCAGCACGGGAGGCCAAACGCUGGAGCAGUCGCUGCACGAGUACCAAACGCAGCAGCGGCAGCAGCAGCAGCAGCAGCUGUUGUCUAGGCGUAUACAGCAGCAAAAGACGGUGGCAGCAGAACCGCUGAUGACCCUCUGCAUGCGAUUUGUUGUGAGGCAGCAGCAAGACAGCAGCAGCAGCAGCAGCAAGAGCAGCGGUAGCUUCCCUGUAUCGUUUGCUGCUUUGAGGCCCCCUGAGGGGCUGCUGCUGCUGCUGCCGCAGCCACCAUUCAGGUGUUUCCUGCCGCAGCAGCAGCAGCUGCUGCAGCAGCUAACACGCGCUGCAGCAGCAGCAGCACAUAUGGACUCCGCUGCUGCUAGUCGUUGCCAGCAGCUGCAGCUGCUGCGAGCAGAAGCUGUCUCCGCAGCAUCGCUGCAGCAGCCUCUUGUCUACUUCCGAGUCCGCAGCAGCAGCAGCAACAGCAGCAGCAGCAUCGACAGCAGCAGCAGCACAAACUGCCUUAUGCUCUACCCAGAGGUGGUAUCCAUGCUGCUUAGAUGCUGCGCCGCACUGCAGCAAGAGGCUGCAACGGUUGCUGAUGUUGCUGCAGCAGCAGCUGUUGCUGCAACAGUUACUCCUGCUUCUACUUCUGCUGCUGCCAGUCAACCGAGAAAACUCUCGUCUGAGCGAACUGUCCGCAGCAGCAGCAGCAGCAGCAAACAUACCAACAGCUGGCGAGGCCUUAGUGCUGCAGCAGCAGCAGCAGCAGCAGCACGGCGGAUGUGGCCCCUGCUGUUGCUUGAUCCUGUAGCUGACUGCUAUCUGCCUGAGUUGCUGCUGCGGCUCUGCAGGUCCCCUACAGCAGCAGCAGCAGCAGCAGAUAGAGCAACAGCAGCAGCUGCUGCUGCUAAGGAGGGUACGCUGCUCUGCGCCUUGCUGCCCAGCAUACGCUGGGAGAAACGACUGUUGCGCUGUGGAGCGUUUCGCGUAUGGGGGCAGCAGCAGCAACAACAGCAACAGAAGCAGCAGCAAGAAGAAGAACGGCAGCAGCAGCAGCUUAUGACCUGGCAGCAACGCGUAGAGAUCGGGCCGCUGUCUGUACACCUCAAGACCUCCCGUUGCGGCUGGCUGUUCGAGCGCAGCAGUUUUAGUGAAGAUGCAGCAGCAGCAGCAGCAUCUGCAGCAGGCUCUGCGGCAGCAGGAGCAGCAGCAACGACGCUGCAGAUCCUGCUACAGUGGGAUAAGGAAUUGCUGUUGCAUGCAACAGAUGCGGAUGCUGCUGCUCUCCUGCUCUGGUGGCAGCAGCUGCCGACAGGACACUCACAGCAGCAGCCGCAGCAGCAGCAGCAGCAGCCGCAGCACCAUACCACAAGUACUAUUGUCAAGAGCUGCAGCAGCAGCAGCAGCAACCGCAGAAGAAGUCUAUGGGAGGAAUUGGGCGUAGAGGUGAGCAGCAGUUUUUCCGUCCAGCUGCUCAUAUCUCAGCAGCAGCAUCAACAGCAGCAGCAGCAGCAGCAAUUGCAGCAGCAGCAACAGCAGCGGGCCUUUGGAUUUACAUUGGGUCUUGGCGAGGUGCGCAUAGAAAUGUAUAAGUUACCUGCUGCCUGCAGCAGCAGCAGCAGCAACAGUUUGCCUGCUCUUCUCAGUGGUUGGCGUUUUCUUGUGAGUCGUCCCUACGCUGCACUCCUGCAGCAGCAGCAGCAGCAGCAGCAGCAAGGAGCACCGUGCAGAAAGAGAGGCAUUGCCGUAUUCUCAGGAGCAGCAGCUUCUGCUGCUACUGCUGCUACUGCGGAAGAAGAUGCAGCAGAAUCAGCAGGGGUUUUGCUGCUGCAUGCAGAGGAAGAAGUAGCAGCCCCACAGCUGAGUAACAUCUCCUUACCCGUUGUUUCUCCGCCUGCUGCUGCUGCUGGCAGCAGCAGCAGCAGCAGGAAUGGCAACAGCAGCUGGUGGCUCGCCUUUGCUGCUGAGAGGCGGGAAGGCGUAGUAGCCCUCCACAAGUGCCCCCAGAAGCUGCAGCAGCAGCUGCAGCAGCAGCAGAAGCGGCAGCAGCAGCAGCAUGAGGAGGCUAGUGGUUGGUGUCUCCUCGAUGGGGAGGCGGUGCUGCAGCAGGCAUCAUGGGGACUUGUCUUGCUGCCACUGACACUGCAGCUGCCUGCUGCUGCUGCUGCGGCAGCUGCCUCCAUUCUCCGGUCGUUUGCUGAAGCAGCAGCAGAUGCUGCUGCUGCUGCUAGUGGUUCUGCUGCGGCUGCUGCUACCUUAGGACAAACGGCGAUUGCUUUGGAGUUCCUGAGACAGCGCUGUCUUCAUCAAAAGGAAGCAGCAGCAGCUGCUGCUGCUGCUUCAGCUGCAGCUGCUGCAAAAGCUGCGGCAGAAGCUGCUGCAGGAUCUACUGCAGCAGCAACAGUCAUAGAAGAGACGUUGCCGCUGCUGCAGCGCAGCAGCUGGGAGAUCCGCUGUGGUACCUUGGCGGUUAACUUUUCGGUUCCCGCAGCAGCAGCAGCAGCAGGGAUAGCAGCAGAGUCAAGUGCAGCAGCAGCAGCAGCAGCAGUGGGAGCAGCAGGCCGUGUAGUAGUAACCAUUGAGGAUGGCUUUGCUUCUGGGGUAUCUGUCCGAGCCUUCCAUCAGCAGCAACAGCAGCAGCUGCAGCAGCAGCUGCAGCAGCAAGACGUUCACUGGGUGAAGCAGCAGGAAGUGCUGCUGCUGGCGAACAUGAGUGCAGCAACUGCAGCAGUACCAACAGCAGCAGCAGCUGAUGUCUUCCAGAGCUGCUGCGAUCGGCUGUUCAUACACCCCGUUAAUCUGCGCCUGCAUAAAUCAAAGGGAAGCAGCAGCAGCAGCAACGGCAGCGGCACCAGCAAUAAUGAUGGAGAGUGCUGCUGCUGCAGUACGCUGCUUCGCGCUUGCUGCUGUGACAUUUGCUGCACCUGCAGCUACACCGUGAGUGGCGCCCCCUGUGGAGCUCAUAGGCAGCAGCAGCAACAGCAGGAGCAACAGCAGCAGCAGCAGCAACUGCCGCUGCUGCUACGGCGGACACCGAGAGCGCUUGGAGAGCGCCUGCAGGCGCAUGCAUCUGCGGUGUACGUUGAUCUCAGCGACUAUGCUGUGUUGCUGCUGCUGCUGCAGCUGGUGCAGCAACUCCAACGUCAUGCAGCAGAGUCAGCAGCGGCUGCAGCAACAGCAGCAGCAGCACUGGCAGCUUCUUCCCCAGAGGAGACUCCUCCACUAAUAUGGGAGGAUCAAGAAGAGCAGCAGCAGGACCAGCAGCAGCAGCAGCAGCAAGAGGUUUGCAUGCUUGUGGAUGCUGUAGACGUGCUGCUGGCUGCCCCGUGGGCUGCUGCAGCAACGGAUGCAGCAGCAGCACCCGCUUCAGCAGGAACAGCAGCAGCAGCAGCAGCUGGUGUUAAUGCUGGUGCAGCUGACUUGUUGUGGUGCGGGGACGGUGUCUCCUCUACUCGUUCAAGUUGCAGCAACAGCAGCAGCAGCUGCAGCAGCAGCAGCAACAGCAGCACCAUGAGCAGCAGCAGCAGCAGGGGCUGCUGCCAAAGCCGCAGCAGCAGCUGCAGCUUGUACAGAGGCGCCAGGCGUUCUGCAUGCACAGCUUCAGAAUCAGCAGCAGCAGGUAACGCAACAAUGGAUAUGCCCACAGCAGCUGCAGCAGCAGCAGCAGCAGCAGCACAGCAAACGAGCGAUCCUGUUUCGCAUAUGCUGCAGCAGGUUGCAGAAGAUCGACGCUGCAUGCGGCGUUUGCUGCUGCGAGCAGGAGAGCAGGUGCCUGUUGCUGCUGCUGCUGCCGCUGCUGAUGAACAUAUCGCUCUAAGGGCUUCAGGGCUGCAGUUGGAGCACCGCAGCAGCAGCAGCAACAGCAGCAGCAGCAGCAGCAGGAGAGUAGCCCUGCGAUCCCUAAUGCUGCAGGUUGGUCGAUCUGCUGUGGCGUCUGUACACCCGACAGCCCCACCAUCGCCUGCUCCGAAGCAACAGCAGCAGCAGCAGCAGCCACAGCAGCUGCAAGAGCAGCAGUAUGAGCAGCAGCAGCAGCUGCCGUGCGGCAUUGAAAUUAUUUGGCGAGUGACACCAGGCCUCAAGACGUCCGCAGCAGCAGCAACAGCAGCAAAAGCAGAAACAGCAGCAGCAGGAACAGAAGCAGUAGCAGCAGCAGCAGCAGUUGAAAGGACUGCAUACAUCGGCAACGUGGCGCUGCUGCUGCACCCACGAGCAGCAGAGCAGCAGCUACUGCAGCUGUCAAGACAGCCAUUGCUGCUGUUGCUGCAGCAAACUUUGGAUGCGUCGGAGUCACCCUCUUCAGUGCAGCAGGAGCAGCAGCAGCAGCAACAGCUGCAGCAGAAGCACAAAGGCCCUCUGCAACAGCAGCAGCAGCACGUGGACAAAGUGUUUCUUAACUUCCUGCUGCUGCAUGUUGCAAGCGGCAGCAGCAGCAGCAACCUAAGAGCUGUGCGGCUGCUGCUGCAUCAAUUCGCCCUAGUUGUAUGGCCUGUACAGAAGCAGCAGCAGCAGCAACUGCAGCAGCAGCAACUGCAGCAGCAGCAACUGCAGCAGCAAUUGAAGCAGCAGCAGUGGGUGGAAAUCUGUGAGAUGCGGCGGCGGUUGUCUCCUUCCGCUCUAUACAGCUGCAUCCCAUCUACAGCAGCAGCAGCAGCUGCUGCUGCAGCAGGAAGCAGCAGCAUGCGUACAAUUGAUGCUGCUGCUGCUGCAGUGUCUCUCUGCUGCUGGGCAGCAGCAGCGCCGCUGCAGCAACUGCCGCUGAUACCGCCUCUUCGACUAGGAGGUAGUCUAUCUCUGUAUAGCAGCAAAUCCCCUGCUGCAGCAGCACAUCCUGCAGCAGGAGCAGCAACAGCAGCACUUCCCUUAGAAGAAGGGUCUGCAGCAGAGCUUGCAUGCGCUUGUCUGCGGAGUCUGUACACCUCAGCGGGGCUAAAGCUUUCUGCUGAACCUGCAGAAGCAGCAGCAGCGGCAGCAUCAACUGACAAUGCUGCUGCUGCUGCUGCUGCUUAUACAGAAGCGAAUGCAGAGCUGCGUGUGUCUCCUCUGCUGCUGCGUUUGUCUCCUUGGAGGUUGAGGCUUCUGCAGCAGACGCUGACAGGGUUGAGUGACAUGGCAGCAGCAGCAGCAACUGCUGCUGCUUAUGCUGAUGCUGCUGCUGGAAGUGCACAAGACACAGGUGGCGCCACAGCAGCAGCAGCUAUAGCAGCCCCAUCUUCUCCGUCAGCAGCAGGAGAGGGAGCAGCAGCAGCAACAGCAGCAAUGGAUGACGAGGUCGUACACUGGCAACUGCUUCCUUUCAGUCUGUUGCUGCAGCCAGUGAGCACCGCAGCAACAGCAGCAACAGCAGCAAUAGCAGGAGCAGCACCAGACGGUCAACGACACCGCUGCUGUCCGUGUUUGCCGCUGCGGGCUGUUUCUGCAUGCAACAGCUUCUGCGGCGACGAGGAGCAGCAAGCUGCAGCAGCAGCAGCAGCUCUCGAGCCGAUGCAAGCGUUCUGUUGCAGCAGCGCGUCCCCAGCAGCAGCAGCAACAGCAACAGCAGCAGCAGCAGGGUACGGGUCGGUGCAUCAGCUGAAGGCUUUGGUUUGCUUUCCUAUGCCCGUUGCUUUGGUCUCUGCUGCAGUUGGACGUUGCAUGCACUGCUGCCAUCAGCAACACGAGCAGCAGCAGCAGCAGCAGCAGCACGAGCAGCAACACUACUGGAUAGUGCAGCAAGUUGAGGUGUACGAUGAGCUCCAAAGACGCUUCUGUGGGGUCGCAUUAGGGCAGCCAAAGAUCAGCAGCAGCAGCCUUGUAGCGCGACGAUUCAGAAUUACGCUGCUGCUGCUGCAGCAGCAGCAGCAGCUGGGGCCAGACCAGCAACCAAACGCGUUACAGGAGCAGCAGCAGCUACUGCUGCUUGCUGCCUUCCCCGUGCUGCGCGCACCCUUGCGGCAGUUGAGGCUGUCGCUUCAGUCCAGCGGCUGCUGCGUUACCUUUGCGCAUGCAGCAGCAGACACAACAGCAGCAGCAGCAGCAGAAGCAACGGGACCAUAUCCCUUCGAUGCUCUAGGCAUCGAGGCUCCGUCUCUUGAAGCAGCAGCAGAGGCCUUGCAUGUGUCACUGCAGCAGGUGUCUCCUAUAUACCCGCAAGGCGGUCCUGCUGCUGCUGCUGCUGGCCUUGCUGCAGCGGGGGGUGUUGCGCUGCGGCUGCGGCUAGAUCAGCUAAGGGCGCGGGUGCAGCAGCCGUCGACGCUACAGCCGCUGCAGCUGCUGCACUGCCCUGCCGUGACGCUGCAAGCAGCAGCAGCAGCAGCAACGGCAUCGGCAGCAGCAGCAGCAGCAGAGCGUAUUAGUCUCCAUCCUGCACUGACACGGCUGCCCCCUGGCGGUUGUGCUGUUGCUUUGCUGCUGCAGGAGCAGCUGACUGUACACCUCGACAGCCUGCGUCUGUGGCGAGCAGCAGCAGCAGCAGAAGCAGCAGUUGCUGCGCUGUCACCUGAUGAAUAUCCUGUCAAGACACAGCAACAGCAGCAGCAGCAGCAGCAUCGAAAGGAGCAAGGGCAGGCAUGUGUUGCAGUGCAGCAGCUGCAGCAAAUGCCUCCUCAUGUGCCACUGCUGCUGCUGAAUCUGCUACCUGUGCCACUGCUGCUGCAGCAGGCAGCCUUUGGUGGCUCGUUGCUGCUGCCGCCAGGUGCAGCACGAGCUGCAUUCUGGUGUCUCCCCACUGCAUAUCCUAGCAGCAGCAGCAGCAGCAGCAGCAGUAGCAAAGACCGAAUGGCCCUGCGUUUUGCGCUCGCCUGCGGUGGCGGCUGGUCAGCGCCUGUCUUUCCUGUUGUUGCUGCUGCAGGAGCAGCAGCAGCAGCAGCUGCUGCUGCUACAGCUGGAACAAAGAAUGCCCCUGCUGUGGCAUGGGAGCCGUUGCUGCUGCCUGCUGCUUCGGGAACCUCUUGUGUGCUGUUGCUGCCCAGCCCAAGCAGCAGCAGCAGCAGCAGCAGUAGCAACAGAGUUAUGUAUAAAGUUUGGUUCGGUGUCUGUAGGGUCUCCCCGCUGCAGACUUGCUGCUUCAUCUGUCCCCCGCUGCUGCUGCAGCAGCACAAGCUGCUGCUGCCGAUCUCCUUCCGUACAGAUAUAGGCGAGCAGCAGCAGCAGCAGCAGCAGAAACAGCAGCAGCAGCACGGCGACUUUGGCCUCUGCUUCCAGAAGGAAGUGCCGCCCCUCCAGAAGCUGCUGGAGGUGCUGCUGCCAAGGGAGAAGCCCAAUCGGCAGCAGCAGCAGCAACAGCAUCAGCAGAAACAGCAGCAGCAGCAAGACCAACAGCAGCAGCAGCAACAGGAGCAGCAGCAGCAACAACAGCAACAGUACAAUUCUGUUACUUGCUGCGCUAGUGAAGGCGCGCUCCAGCAGCAGCAUCUGAUGGCACCUCAGCAGCAGCAGCAAGAGCAGCAGCAUGCAACCCAUCAGCAUCAGCAGCAGCAACAACAGGACUUCGACUGGGCAGCAACAGCAGCAACUGUGGGGAGUCUGCAUCCUGCUGCUGCUGCUGCAAUUCUCCCCCCUGUUGCUACACCCCUCUCUGUAUCCUUGGCGAUCGGUUUGUAUCCAGCGGUAGCAUCAACAACAGCAGCAACAGCAGCAGCUGCUGCUGCUAUUUCAACAGGUGCAGCAUCAGCAGCAAAUGGCUCCUUCAGCAACCCCUUGCUGCUGCUGCAGGCAGGCAGCAGCAAAGAUCUGCUGCAGCAACGCCGGCAGCGUAGCCUCCUACGAUGGUUACAGCAGCAGCAGCAGCAGGAGCAGCAAACCUUCCAGGCAGGUUUUGUGCACCUCCCCUCUGCAUCUCGCAUGCAGCAGCACCAGCAGCAACAACAGCAGCUGCAGCAGCAGCAGCAGCAGGUAGAGAGCAGUGCAUGUGUCUUUUGUUACGCUGGAAAUGUAGAAGAGGACGCCUUCGAUUGCUGCAGCAGCAACAGCAGUGGCAGCAGCAGCAGCACGGGGCCUCUGAUGCUGCGCAUGCGCCCUGCGCUCUAUACAGCAAACUGCAGCAGCAGCACUUUGCUGCUGCAGCUGCAGCACAGCAACUUCGGAAGGACGCAGGAGCUGCUGCUGCAGCCUAACUCUGCCCUUCAGGUUACCGAUGCUGAAGCACCGCAGCUGGUUGCUGCAGCAGUGCAUUUAGUGGGCACUGCUGCUGCUGCUCCAGCUGCUGCUGCUGUUGCUACAGAAGCAACAGCGGCAGCAGCAGCACAGGAGGAGAUGCAGCAGCAGCAGCAAUUUUUGCUGCUGUCACAACAGCCGAUACCACUAACAGCAGCAGCAGCUGCUGUACCGGCGGCCCCUUCAACAGCAGCAGCUGCUGCCUUGAACAGCAGCAGCAGCAGCAGCAGCUCAGCUGCUGAUACCGUUGCAGGAACAACCUUCAGCUGCUGUUGGACGUCCCUCACUCUUGUCAGGCAGCACCUGCCGCCGCUGCCGCCGCCGCCGCCGCCUCAGCAGCAGCAGCAGCAGCAGCAGCACGGUGGCAGCAGGAAUAGCAGCAACAUAAGCAUCGCCGACGAACUCAGAUCCAGCAGCAGCGGAAGUCCUGCGAGCCUGCUAGAAGCCAGUUAUGAGCAGCAGCAGCAGCUCGAUCGGGCGAACUACAGCACGGGCCCCUUCAACAGCAGCAACAGCAGCAGCAGCAGCAGCAGCAGCAGCAUGAUCAGCUCUGGUGCACUGUCCACAGCAGGAGCGUUAGUACUCCCAUUACCUACUGGUCCAAAGCAUCAGUUGCAGCAGCAGCAGCAGCAACAGCAGCAGCAGCCGCAGGAGGAGCAGCAUAUGACGGGUUCCUUGCUGGUGCAUGCCCGUUGCUGGGGAGUCUCUAAGCGUGUGCUGCAGCUGUCGCAGCAGCAACUGCAGCAGCAGCAGCAGCUUCAGCUGCCAUUUGGGGUGUAUGUACACCUUGCUGUUGCUGCAGCAGGAAGCAGCGGUGUCUUGCUGCUUGUUGAUUCGCUGCAGCAGCAAGACGCUAAGGAGGCGCGCUGCUGCUGCUUCGAAGCAGCAACAGCUGCAACACUGCAUGCGCUUGCUGCUGCUGCUGCUGGUGGAAGUAACACAGGCCUCCUGCCUCGGUCUCUCCUCGAGUCUCCGCUGCUGCCACCCCAACAACAGCAGCUGCUGCUGCAACUGCAGCAAGGGCAGCAGCAGCAGAAGCAGCAGCAGCAAGCACCACUUAGCCUGGAGGCUGUUCAAGGUGUGUCUCCUCCUUUGCUGCUUCGUGUAGCGGAUGCCUCACAAUGGCAGCAGCAGCAGCAGCAACUGCAGCAGCAGCAGCAAGUGCGGUGGACAGACAGCGUAGUUUUGCAGCUUCGUAGCGAUGUGGGGUUUGGUGCGUUGCCUACUGAGAAGCAGCAGCAGCAGCAACAGCAGCAGCAGCAGCAGCAAAAGCAGUGGCGAGGUGGCGAAGCAGCAGAAACAGAAGAACCAGCAGCAACAGCAGCAGAUGCAGUAUCUGCUGCUGCGAGCCGCAUAAGGAGUGACGAAGCAACAGAGCAGCAGCAGCAGCAGCAGCAGAUUGACAUCCGCCCUUUCUACAUCCAAAGCGAUCCUCUUGUCAUGCGAGCCCUUUCUCGGCAUGCAGCCUGCAGCAGCAGCAGCAGCAGCAACCGCAGCAGGGCAGCACCGCAGAAACCUGGGGUGUAUGUGCAGCUCUGUGCCCUUGAUGACGGGGCAACACAUGACAUGGGAAUGGAUUUGCUGCACUUCAACAGCAGCAGCAGCAGCAGCAGCAGCAGCAGCAGUGUAAGAGGCCAGUGGUCGCAGCCGUUGCUGCUGCUGCAGCAAGGUGACGCAGUAUCCCGUUUCUUAGUGCCUCGCAUACCGAUGCAGUUUGCUGCAGAGUAUACAGCAGCAGCAGCUGCUGCUGCCGCUGCUACUGCUGAUGGGGCAGGCAAUGGCCCUGCUGCAGCAACUGCAGCACGGGGCACUCCAUGGGCACUGCUAUUUCCUUCGCGAACUGCUGCUGCUGCAGUUGCUACUGCAGCAGAACCCGUAGGUGGCUGCAUAAUUGCCCAUAUGCGCAGCAGCAGCAACAGCAGCAGCAGCAGCAGCAGCAAUGGCCAUCUGCUCACGGUGGAUUUCGUUCCCUUUAGGGGUUCCCUUGCAUGGGAGGCGAUGGCAGCAGCAGCUGCUACUACGAGUGCUGCUGCUGCUGCCGCUGCUGCUGCUGCCUGUCCUGCAGCAGCAGCAGCAGCAGCAGCAGCAGAAGCAGCAGAGAGGCUCACGCGCUUCUGUGUCCCUUGCCCAUUGAAACAGGUGGAAAUGUUGCUGCAGCAGCGGCAGGCAGCAGCAGCAGCAGCAGUUGCUGCUGUUGCUGCUGCGCCUAAGGGCACUUCUUUAGAUGCUCUGGUUGCAGCAGCAGCAGCAGCUGCUGCUGCUGCCACAGACGACGCAGCAGCAGGACCUAUCCCAUGCAUCCUUGAACGGGGAGAAAGCACAACUAGCAUCAGCAGCAUCAGCAGCAGCAACAACAACAGCAGCAACAGCAGCAGCGGCAACAGCAGCAGCAGCAGCACCAUCACGCGGUGGGUGCAGCAGUUCACCUUUGAGGUGUCUGUUGAUGAAACCCUUGCUGCUCUCUCAUCACCAGAUACAGCAGCAGCAGCAGCAGCUGCUGCUGCCUCCACCAGCAGCAACAGCACAAUGGGUUCUCUUGUUGCUGCUGCUGCCGCUGCGGCUGCUGCUGCUGCUGACACGGAGGUUACGGAGACAGUUGUUGCCCACUUUAGGCGCCUACGCUAUGUGUUCCGCAGCAGCAGCAGCAGCAACAGCAGCAGCAGCAGCAGCAGUGUGCUGCAGCUGCUCGAAGACAGUCGAAAAGAGCAUUCGCUUCUGUUUGAUUCUGCUUCCCUCAGCAGCAGCAGCAACAGCAGCAGCAGCAGCAGCAGCAGCAUGAAGCAAUGGGUUUGUUUGCCGUCAAUAUGUUGUCUUGCUUCACUUGUAAGCAGCAAAGUAAAGGAGCCUGCUGCUGCUGCUGCUGCAGUUGCUGCCGAAGCGCAGCAGCAGCAACAGCAGCAGAAGCAGCUGCUGCUGCCGCCGCCAUGGAUGGGCAAAGAGGCAGCAAUGUCUUCGGCUGUAUAUUUGCCUCUUCUUGCCCUUGAAGCAAGAGAGACACCUCAGCAGCAACAAGAGCAGCAGCAGCAAGAGCAGCAGCAACAGCAGAAGGGUUAUGUUGUUAGCAUCCGCGCUGACGAGAAUCUGCUGCGGUGGGGAGAACAAAGGAAGAAUUAUGUGUGUCUGCUGCUGCAGCUGCUGCUGGCAUACAUCUUUCCCCCUGCAAUAUGUGGGGCUGUGCUUCCCGAGGAUGGAACAUUUGCUGCUGCUGCUGCUGCAGCAAGCGGAUCCAAGCUAGGCAGCAGCAGCAACAGGGAGGUUGCGCUGCAUCAGCAGCAGCAGCAGCAGCCGCUGGUGCUCAAGAUGGAGAGAUUCCCCCUGUGUGAUGUUUCUCUUGCUGCUGCUGCUGCUGCUGCCUACUGCUUCAGCAGCAGCAGCAGUACAAGCAACAGACGCGUAAUGAUGCCUCCGCCUGAGGCCCAAGCUGCCGCAGCAGCAGCAGCAGCGCUGCAGCAGCAGCAACAGCAGCAGCAUUUUGGCGGUUUCCCUUAUUCUUUAAUAUCUCUCGAGGCUGAAGGUGUUUCUUCUCGUCUAUGGGUGUUUACAUCCGACCCCGAGAGGCUUGAGGAGAUGCUGUUGGUGUACAGGAGCUGCACCUCAAACCCUAAACCCUAA